AUGGAGGCGUUUCACUGGGACAUGCCCAGGAUAAAUGAAAUUUAUCAAAGGGCACUUUUGUCUUUGGAUCUUAAAAGAGAGACAGAGGCUGUCAAAGAGGAUGUUGGAUCCCCUUCCGAGGUCAAAGCGAGUCCUGCACAUUCCACUGUGGCUUUGAUUGAGGGGGAGCCGGAGGAUGUAGACCCAUGGCACCUGCCAGAGCUGAGGGACACCGGGGUCCCAUGGUCAGCUCUGGAUACCAAAGGGAAGGUGCUGAGAGUGCUGGUGUCAGUGGGGAAGAUAGCCCUGCUGCUGGGCUUCCUCUACAUGUUCAUCUGCUCCCUCGACAUCCUCAGCUCAGCUUUCCAGCUUGUUGGAGGUAAAACAGCAGGUGACAUCUUCCAGGACAACUCAGUUUUGUCCAACCCGCUGGCUGGUCUGGUCAUCGGUGUCCUGGUCACUCUGCUGGUGCAGAGCUCGUCCACUUCCUCCUCCAUAGUUGUCAGCAUGGUCUCCUCUGGAUUGUUAACGGUCCAGCUGGCUGUUCCUAUCAUCAUGGGCACCAACAUUGGGACCUCCGUCACCAACACAUUAGUCGCAAUGACACAGGCUGCUGACCGCAGCACCUUUCGGAGGGCUUUUGCAGGGGCCACAGUGCACGACUUCUUCAACUGGCUUUCUGUUUUGGUGCUGCUGCCUCUGGAGGUUGCCACUGGUUAUUUGUAUUUGGUCACGAAGCUCAUCAUCGACUCCUUUAAAAUCCAGAGUGGAGAGGCCCCAGACCUGCUAAAUGUGAUCACUGAUAUCCUCACCGAGUCAAUCAUAAAGCUGGAUGAGUCUGUCCUUAGUGGGAUUGCCACUGGAGACCCAGAAGCCAGGGAUAAGAGUCUCAUCAAGAAAUGGUGCCAAACCUUCACCAACACAACCUUAAAAAACGUUACAGUUCCUGGUCCAGAGAACUGCACCUCACCAUCUUUCUGCUGGGUCGACGGCAACUACACCUUCACACUGAAGAACAUUUCACAAACAUAUAAUGUCCAGAAAUGUAAACACCUCUUUGUGGAUGUAAAUCUGCCUGACCAAGCGGUGGGUCUGAUCCUGCUGGCUCUCUCUCUGCUGGUCCUCUGCUCCUGCCUGGUCCUCAUCGUCAAGCUGCUCAACUCCAUGCUGAAGGGGCAGGUGGCUGCAGUCAUCAAGAAGAUCCUCAACACCGAUUUCCCAUUUCCAUUUGGAUGGGUCACUGGUUACAUUGCCAUUUUAGUCGGAGCUGGAAUGACCUUCAUCGUGCAGAGCAGUUCAGUUUUCACCUCUGCUAUUACUCCACUUGUUGGUAUUGGUGUCAUCAGCAUAGAGAGAGCAUACCCAUUGUCUCUGGGUUCGAAUAUUGGCACAACCACCACAGCCAUCCUGGCAGCCAUGGCUAGUCCUGGAGACACACUGGCUAAUGCUCUACAGAUUGCCCUUGUGCACUUCCUGUUCAACAUCUCUGGCAUCAUUCUGUGGUAUCCAAUCCCCUUCACCCGCGUCCCUAUCCGGCUGGCUAAAGGUCUGGGCAACAUCACCGCUACCUACCGGUGGUUUGCUGCUAUCUACAUCAUCUGCUGCUUCUUUCUUUUACCACUCUUCAUCUUCAGCCUGUCACUGGCUGGCUGGAAGGUACUGGUAGGCGUGGGUGCACCUCUAGUCCUCAUAUUGAUUAUCAUCAUGGUGAUCAACGUGCUGCAGAAAAGGACACCUGGAUGUUUACCUGCAGUACUGCGAUCCUGGGAUUUCCUGCCUCUCUGGGCCCACUCCCUGGCUCCCUGGGACAAAGUGGUUGGUGUGAUUACUGCCAAAUGCUGUUGCUUCUGCAAAUGCUGCCAACUUGCUGCUGAUGACCUAGAACACAGAGAGAAAGAGUCUGUGGAAAAGAAAAAGAAGCCAUACAUAGAAGCGUAUGAUAAUCCUGCAAUGAGUGCAGAAAAAGAGGUAGAAAAUGAGAUAAAGAUAGAGCUAAAGAUUCUGAAAAUGUCCCGUCUAUGA